CGUAGUUAAAUUCCCAAACUAAAGACAACAAAAUGGGAUCAAUGUCGAAUUUCUCUGGUCCACCACAGGUUCACGCCUUUGAUGGCCUCCUGUUUGACUUUGAUGGAACAAUAAUAGACUCCACAGAAGCAAUCGUGAAGCAUUGGCACAGAAUAGGACAAGAAAUUGGCGUUGACCCAGCAAUGAUCCUUGUGACAUCCCAUGGCCGUAGAAGCAUUGAUGUCCUAAAGAUCCAUGCUCCAGAAAGAGCCAACUGGGAAUAUGUCAGCUCCAUCGAGGGUCGGAUUCCCAAAGAAUACGGUAGCGAUGCCGUCGAAAUUCCUGGUGCAAGAGAUAUUUUAAAUGCACUCGAUGAGGCAGGGGCACCUUGGGCAGUUGUGACAUCUGGAACCCAGGCUUUGAUAAAUGGUUGGUUAGACGUGCUGAAGCUUGCGCGCCCAAAGAACCUUGUGGUCGCAGAAGACGUGAAAAUUGGAAAGCCAAACCCUCAGUGUUAUCAGUUGGGGCGUUCGCGGCUUGGGUUUGACGAGAACUCAUCAAUGCUUGUCAUCGAGGAUGCCCCGUCGGGUGUCACAGCGGGCAAAGCAGCGGGCUUCAAAGUCCUAGCGCUUGCUACAACCCAUGAUCCCACCCGAUUGAAACAGGCUGGGGCUGACUGGAUUAUACGAGACCUUCGAAGCUUCAAACUGAUUAAGCAUGAUGGUCAAGUCCAAGUAGAAAUACGCAACUGUUUACAAUGA